AUGAGGAGCCGCAGAGAACAACCAGAAGUCUCACAAGCAAGAGUUACUGGGUUGAAUCAUCCAUACUUGAACGCCUUACGUGACGAAUUCAAGACUAACGUGGAAAGCAAUGUUGGCCAAUACAAGAACACGGAAUAUGUCAAUUCGCAUGACAAGCUGCUUGCUUUUAAAAAACUGCCAAGAAACGAUGGUCCAGACUUCAUCCUUAGACAAGACCUGACUGGCCAGGCACGCCAACUCGUUGAGCGCACCAUCUCCUAUCACAUUCAAAACGCCACGGAUUAUGCCUCCGAAUUCAGUAUUCAAGUACUCAAGAUUGCACUUGUCUUUAACAGCCACGAAGUGACAAAUCAACGAGUUGAAGGCCCCACGCAAUAUCCCUUCUACGCCGCUAUUAACACUGAUAGAUAUAUGGCACACCAUACACUAUGUCCAAAGAAGGUAGAGGAGAGUCUCUUUGAUCAGGACAUGGAUAUACUGCACGCCAUAUUUGCAGGCACCGACAAUGGUAUAGUCAAGACUACCGAAACUGUCUAUUUCGAUUUGGAUCGCUUUGCUUAUCGUUUGCAGUUGCACCAUAUAUCCCGCAGGGUUUACGGCAAGUGGCAAAGCACCACCGCGUUCAUGCAGCUACCAGGUGCCCACCAUCGGAUUAAGCAACUGAAGCAAGGAACUGGUUUAGACAUCUAUAUGAAGUCGCCGGAGAAGAGGAAAAAGACACCUGGAGAGCAAGUAUCCGCAGCAAAAGCCAUCCUGUCUUCUUAUAGCCUGCGUAAUUGCAAGACCCCAGCUGAAUUAGAGGAAGCAGCUCGAAUUCAUCGCAACCACCAAGAUGCCAUCAAGGCUAUUAACGGCACCUUCAUUUAG